GAGCUUGCCAUCAUGAUACCAGCCCGCGGAUAACGCUUCACGUUUGCUUAGUCCUACGAGGUAUCCCGCCGGCCGAUUGACGGGAGGGAAGAAAAUUCUGCCUCCUGUGUUCGCGGAAACCCGCCAUGGCUGACCCGACAAGAAACGGAUACCUGGGUCCUCUGACCACGCCUCGAGGCGUCGCCACCCCGAACCGACGCGCUAUCAGCGCCGAGCCCGCCUCGAGCCGUCUAUCCGCGUCGGCACGACGGAACAACAUCACUACGCCGCACGCGCGCGCCGCCAUCCGGGCCAUAGAACAGCGCCGCACUGCCUUAUUCACCCCCGGCCGCGCCCGCCGACGCAGCCUUCGCGAGCAGCGCGAGACCCCGCGGGACCUGCUACGGAACCUUAGUCGUGUUCUGGCCCCGACAUCGACCGCGCUGUCUUCGUCCUCGUCGCCGACGGACGGUUCCGGUGUCAAUGACUCGACGCUUCGGAUCCUGGCGGAAGAGGACGGAGAUGACGACGACUUUCCUAUCGAGAGGCCGCGCUUCUCCCUGCCUCUAGGCCCCGAGGAAGACGACGACGACGACAGUGAACUGAAACCGCCCCGGUCUAGUAUACUGGACGACGAGAACUUCACGGUCCAGUCUAUCGAGAUGCCCCGUCGGGCUUGGAGCGAGACUCCCUUCAGUCGCUUAGAUAGGGGAAGUUUUGGCAGUGCGAGGAUGAGCGACUACGCGGGACCCGGGCUUGGCGAUGACGAUGCCGACGAUAAUGGCGUGGGCAUCGAUUCCGGCUUUUUUCCUCCACCCGCACUAGAUGACACUGCCGAGAUGGCCCUAGACGAAGGGGUCAUAUUCGAAAGGAUGGACGAAGAGACCGCCCACCAAAAUAUGGGACGUCAGAGCGAUUUUGGGCCGAUCCAGAUACCUGACAUUGGGAACGAGAGCACUUUCGUCAUGGCUCCGGUGGAGUCACCUACCCGAGAUCAAACGGUGACCGAAGCUAUCGAAAUGGAGGAGCCACCUCAAGUAGAGGACGUUGACGAGGACGAGGACGAGGACGACGAUAUAGGACAACCGAUUGGGUUAUUUGAUCCCGACGAUGAUGAGGGAGGAUUGAAUGAGACGACUAUCAUCUCGCGUACGACCGCGGCCUUGGCAACAAGGGUCAAGGGUAGGAAAGGCGGUAAAAAGAUUUCCAGGCACGGCAUCGAGUAUCCUUCACUACCCCAGGGCGUGGUCAAGCGAAUAGCCACGACGCUUGCUAAGACGGCUGGUGUGAGCAACGCCAAGAUCACUUCAGAUACGCUGGAAGCGCUCAUGCAAGCGACGGACUGGUUCUUCGAGCAGCUCGGGGACGACUUGUCUGCCUACGCCGGACACGCGGGGCGGAAGACGAUCGACGAGAGCGACAUGAUGAUGCUUAUGCGAAGGCAACGACAGACAGGCAUGUCCGCCACGCCAUUCUCUCUUGCGCAGCGAUACCUACCGAGGGAGCUCCUCCAGGAGCUACGCAUGCCGGUUCCGGCAUCGAAGAAAGCUCCGCGAAAGAAACAAUCACGGCACGUCAAUGGGGACGAGGAGCAGGAAGUGACCUGAGAGCCGCCUGCUUGGGCUCGUCAAAUACCGUACAAUGCUCGAGCCAGCGGGGCCUAAGACCAUUCCUUGUUCAUCCGUACUCGGCGCGCGAUAUCCGUUGGAGGCUUCUUUACUACC